AUGGAGCCGUCCAGUAAGAAGCGAAAGUUGGCUCCCAAAGUCGACACAUCUUCGGCCCCCAACUCUCAGCCUUCCCAGUUCGCCCAGCCUCAGCCACAACAGCAACCCCAACCCCAACCACAGCAGCAGCAGCAACCACCGCCGCCGCUGCCUUAUGCCGUUCACGAUGCCACCGUUGUUGAGCGACACGACUUCGAGUCAUUCGCCCGCCAUCUCCAGGAUGCUGCCAUGCUCAUCCAGCGUCAAACCGAACGGCCACCAUACGCGGACGUGUCCGUACUGUUGUUGAAUUGGCAGGACGACUUGGCGGCCCACGACGACCUCGGGGCCCUGGAACAGAUAUUCCAGAAGCACUACAACUUUGGCACGCAGCGCUGGCAGAUCCCCACCGUCCCCAAUCCAAGCAUUAAGCUUGGCAUCCAGCUGGCGUCCUUUCUCGAGAAUGCGAGGCCCAGCCAUCUCCGCAUCAUCUACUACGCCGGCCAUGGCUUCGUGAGCCCCGACGGUCAGCUGUACUGGGCCUGCUCCGCCCGCGACGAUGCGGCCAAGCUGAAGUGGGACGGCGUUCGCUGCUUGUUCGAGGACGCCCAUUCCGACAUUCUCUUGUUGCUGGAUACGUGCGCCAUCGCCGACUCCGCCCCGACCGGUAGCCACGGUGCCAAGCAGGCCAUUGCUGCCUGCUCUCCUGAACAUGGCUGUCGCGGCGAUUCGACCCGUUCCUUUACUGCCAACCUGACCGAGGCGCUUCACAAGCUCAGUAGCGGUAGACCCUUUAGCGUCCAGCGCCUUCACGAGGAGGUUCUGUCCCAGAGACAGCAGCACCUAUCUCAGACAUCCUGUAUAUCCAACGGCGCCUCGAACUCUCCGCCCCAAAGCCAACUGCCCGUCUUCUUCACCCUGGCGCCCGGCAAGGGCCAGAAGUUAACAUUGGCCCCAUUGGCCUCGCGAGCACUGCCGACAAAUGGAGGCGACGCGGCUGAUGGACGCGCGGUGCCAGGCCGGGAGGAUCAGCUCAUCGACCCGGAAUCGGUCGCCGAUCUCAGAUUUGACGAAGCUCGAAUCCUGGUCUGCACCACAUUCGUUGGUGACGCCAGCCCCAGCAUGUCCUUUUUCAACCAAUGGCUUCAAAACACCCCUCCCCUCGGCGCCAAGAUUGCCGUCGAGGGAAUGUUCCUGGGUCCCCCGACCAUGCUUCUCAUAUCCAUGCCCGUGUCGAUAUGGAACGUCGUCCAGCAAGACAAGGUCUGCUGCUAUCUGGGCUAUAUCACAUCCCACAACAUGCUCCAUCUAUACGAAAAGCUGGUUGGUCCCGCGGGUGUAAGGCCGUCGGCGAAAGAAGUCGAGGAUGGUCGGAUACUCUUGGAGGCAAGAGAGCUGGCUGUAGGGACUCCAGCGCGUGUGCGGAGAGAAACCGAGGGUCACGAGCACCCGUACCAUUCCUCGGCAUCGGCGGACAGGUCGCUUCACGGCGACCGUCCGGAGCUCGUCCCCCAGAGCAGUCCCUCGGGGCCCCCUUUUGCCUCUGCCGACUCUAGCAUCAGUUCGAUCAAGCCCAAGGACGAGGUGGAGGACUCGGCUGAAAUGCAGGAGGCGGCCGAGCAGCUCAAAGCUCUGAGCCAUGUGCGGCAUCGAAGCGACGAGACGAUCCCUGCCAGCCAGCGACCUCGCACCAGCUUGCCUGAUGCCGUUCCAAACCCCAGUCGAGAUGCUGCACAGGCUGUUUACAACGCGACCCCUCGGGAUGUGGAUGAUUCGGCCAUGGCCACGGAACCCAAAUCGGCCUCGGGAUUGCGAGUCAAGGCCGCUCGACGCUUUGUCCCCAAGCAGGAAACUCGAUGCAAUCACUGCAGCCACGACCCCUUCAAGGACUCGUCCUCUCUGCGCAAGCACAUUGCGGCCGCGCACACGCGACCGUUCCCUUGCGCCUUUUCUUUUGCGGGAUGUAUAAGCACGUUUGGGUCCAAGAAUGAGUGGAAGCGGCACAUCGCCUCGCAGCAUCUUUGUCUGCAGUAUUACAGAUGCUCCCAGUGCCCGCAGAGCACGGCCGAGGGCAAGGGCAACGAGUUCAACCGCAAGGACUUGUUCACACAGCACCUCCGGCGCAUGCAUGCUCCCUUCCAGGUGAAGCGCGCCAUGUCCAAGGGAGAAACCAAGCUACUCGCCGAGUGGGAGGAGCAUGUCAAAAAUAUGCAGCAAUCGUGUCUCGUCACGAGGCGCCAGCCCCCGCAGAGGUCGGCGUGUCCCAAGCCCGGUUGCCAGCACGAGUUCAACGGGGCGGGAUCGUGGGACGAGUGGACGGAGCAUGUUGGGCGCCACAUGGAGAAGGGUGAAGCACAAAGCCUCGGCGUUGAUGGUCUGCUCGCUCAAUGGGCGCUUGACGUGGGCAUCAUCCAGUCCAAGAGCAACGGAGAGUAUCGUCUGUGUGCGGCCAACGGCGCGGUUGGGGGACAAGGCGGUAGUGGCGGCGCGAUGCUGGACAGCAAGGAUGCAUCAGGACUCCUGUCCCAAGCCGACUCCUGCCAGCCAGACGACACGUCCAUGACCGACGCAAGGCCAUCAGAGGACGGCCACGGUGAGAGACCGCCAUGA